CACCAGGCUUCGCUGACUGAUUUCUUUCGUUUACGUGAUAAAAGGAAGUUACUCUCUGUGUGUUAUUUACGGCUAGAUUGUUUUAUUGUUUUGUUUUUUGUUUUUUUUCCAGGGCUACCUCUUGCUCUACAGUUUUCCACUGAAAGUUUUAUGAGCGUCACCUCUGCGACAGCCGCAAGCACCUCUUUCUAAAUCUGCUCUCCCAUAACGGGAGGCCUCAAGCUGUGUGGUUUUAACAGCUCACACUUUUUCAGUUCACGCCCACUGAGACGCUUAAAUUUCAAAUCUCAAAAUCAACUUGUGGCUUACACAUGCGAUGUCACCUUCGCGCGUUGACCCCCUGAAUUCCAAACCCGUGAGGGAAGAAAAAUCUGAAGUCAAGAGACACCUUGUUAAUGCAGUCGUGCUGCUCACCUCUGCUAAUUACAGGACCCCUAUUGGUUGGACGGCCGGCGGUGCAGGAGCCAAUCCCGGAGCGCCUGCCAGCACGCUGCAGCCGUACGACAUGCCUUGUUGUUUUUAAUGAUCAAGUGGGCUCCUUAAAAAUGUUUGCCUGCCUGUCCAUCCCAUACAGGGGAGCAGAGAGGUAGAGGGUUUACACAGCUCAGACAGCCCUCAAGAAGCUCGAUCCAGAGAGCCGCUCCUGAUCACAGGAGGCCAGAACUUCAGCACCUUUGCAGGAAGCACACGAAACAGGAAAUGGCACGUGUUGGACGACCGUCACGUUCCCUGAUCCACACAGGGUUCCUGUUAGCUAUUGUUUUAUUACCAGAGUUUCUGGGGGCCGUUCCAGUGGAGCAGCACAAGAAGGAGGAAGUGUCUGCGGUGUCUGACGAUGUGAAAGCCGAGGCCAUGGCGAGCCUGACGAAGCUGGUUCGCAACAGAAGGAACGUCCCCGUCCUGGCGGUGCCCCAGUUUAAACGUCUGCCUGACUUCUGGGGAUGGUACAAGUACUUCAUGGACAGCCACAACCAGGAGGGAGUUGAGGAUCUGGAUCGUCUGUACAUGGCCUACCUGCAGAACAAGCACAGGUCAGAGGAGGGCCCCACCUUCAACCACUACCUCAAGCACCUCAGUGAAAUCUACAAGACCUGUGCCAACUCUGAUGAUCCAGAGUGCGUCGCCGAGUCCACCAGCAAGCCAAAGGCUGCCCUGGUGAUGCCCGCCCCCUACAAGUCAGCUGCCGUCAGGUUUUGCAACCCUUACCUCGACCCCUACUGCCUCUUCCCCCUCCUCCCCAAUGCUGCUGCACCUGAGCCUGAGCCAGCUCCGGCCAAGGUGCCCGCCCCCAUCCUCACCCCCUUCCUGCCCUUCCCCCUGAAGAGCCCCACUGGCUUCUACCACUACGCCCCCGUCCUGGAGCCCUUCCUGAGUGAUGAGCAGAGGACUGAGCUGAUGAGGAUCUGCAACCCUGAAGAUGUGGAGUGUCUGCAGUAUCACCUGAGGGCAGCUUAUGGUUACCGCCCGGCCCCUGGCCCCGCCCCAUCCUACGCCGCCCUCAAAUGUGACCCCAAAAACCCCUACUGCAUGCCCACCCUGGUCGCCAAAGCUCCCACUGGCUUCUACCACCUGCUCUACCCCAGCUGUGACCCAGCAGUCGAUCCUCUGUGUGUGAGCAGCGUGGCCCCUCCUGCUCCGCUCGCUGCAGAGGAGGCCCCCAAGGAGCAGCACUGCAACCCUCUGUUUGACGCUGGCUGCAACCCCCUGACUGCCACCAAGCUGUCCGGCCUCACCAAGCCCGUGCUGGAGUACCCCGCCAACGACCAGCCAGCGCCUCCUGCCGCCCCUCUGGCCUGCGACCCUCGCGUCAACCCGUACUGCAUACUGGCAGCCGCCGCUGCUCUGCGCAAGCCCGCUCCGCAGAUCCCCGAGCACCAGGUCCGCUACAAGCUUGGCGUCCAAGGCAAGACCAAGGAGGGCUAUGACUGCUAUGUGCACUAUGACAAAGACUGCAUCCCGGUGAAGUCUGGCCCCGAGGCCAAGGCCUCCAUCAAGGCUCCAGCCAAGCCCCUCUGCCAUCCGUUCGACCCCAGCUGCGGCAAGUUUGCUUCACCUUCCAACGUUGAGGCCCCCAAGCCCGGCAAGGACGGUAUAAUCCUGCCUGACCCCAACUGCGACCCGGAGUUCGACUACAACUGCCGCCUGCGCCGCGCUGAGCCCGCCGAGGCCGCUGACGAGCCCGCCAAGGAGGCCGCUGCUGAUGAGCCCGCCAAGGAGGCCGCUGCCCCGCGCUUUGAAGAGUUCCUCAAGGCUGUCAUGGACCAGCGCCAGUAGAUUUCAGGAAAGAAAAAACUGCAGAAAUAAUCCCAAAGAUGUUUGGACUUGACGGACAAAAACCUUCAACAAUAUCAUCAAGUCCUCACAAAAACUACACACACAAAAAAAAAAACGCAAUCAGAAAAUCUAAUCUGAACAAUUCAGGAAGAAAGCAACACAGAACAGUGUGUACAACUUCAUGUAUGUAUGUUUGUAGAAAGGAGCUGUAUGUAUAGAUGUGUGAUAGAUUUAGGGUUAGUUUGAAAUUGUGUCAGCGGGCAAUCAUUUUCUCUCUGUUGUACAUUCUCUGAUUCCAUUUGACCUACCCAAAGUGUAUUUAAUGUUGUUUUCACAUUUUUUCUGUAACUCUCGACCUCAUAAUGCUUCAUCUGUUUA